UAAGGGUGUAUGGAAAAAAUGGGAUUGACGUAUUGAUGCAAAUCAUCAAUAAAUUUUUAUUUAUUGUUUGUGCAGGGGCUGCUAUCGAAUCCUAAAUCGAGAUCACGUCGUGUUUGACUUCCAAAUACCUUUUGUCUAUAACAAUUUAAUAUUGAUCGUCAUAAAUAUAUACACAAGUGAAUAACCGAAUUUACGUCUACGUCUAAAUAGCCAAAAUUAGACGAACGGUGAUACUGAAAACAAAUCAACAGUGAAAAUCGUUUUGGGAAUCGGUCACAACUUUCCGACCGGUCACAAUGAACCCCGAUGGUUCAUGCAAUUUAUGUCUUUCUCGAAAGGCGGCCGGCUCACCAGAGGAUAAACAAUUACGGAUGAAAAUCGAUAGGAUCUUCUACUUUGAGAUUUUUCGAUACCAGGACGGUGUGGCUCUGAUCUGCGAUGCCUGUAAGCUGACCGUCAAUGCAUUCUACGAGUUUUCCGAGCAGGUACGCGACAAUCAACAAAUUCUACGUUCGACGGCACUUCCUACCACCAGUUCGGCAUCAGAGGAAUCCAAAACCCAGCUGGUCGCAGAAGCACUAAUAAAGCUCGAAUGUUCGGUGGAGGAAGAGCAGCCGUAUGAAACGGAAUGGGUUGAUGUGAGCAGUAAACUGGUGACCACAUUGGGCGCUGAUGAAACUCGUGGGGUGAAUCAAACCGAUGCGAAAAAGGAUCACGCGUGGAGUUAUCCAGACAUCGACGAAGCAGAAGAAGACGAUGAUGGUGCUGAUUCUGAUUGGCUAUCAGAUACUGGAGAUGAAAAACCGCCGGCUGUUGCACUACCCAAACCGAAACGGAAGUACACCAUAAGGAAAAAGUCUGCGCCAAAGAAAGAAACAAUUCAAGCAAAGUGUAAUGAGAAAGAGUCAUCCGAGGGUGGUGGAACGGGACUAUCCGACGAAGAUAUGGUUUUGCAGCAUUUUAAUCUUGCGUGUGAUUUGUGUGCCAAGCCACUAGAAGAUUUCACCGAUCUGCGCGAGCAUUUCAAAGAUGUGCACGAACAGCUCGGGUAUAUCAAUUGCUGCAAUAAAAAAAUCUUCAAAAAAUGUUGGAUGGUUGAGCAUCUUCAGGUGCAUCUGAAUCCAGAUGCCUUUCAUUGUGUACUUUGUAAAAAGAGCUAUAGCUCUAGUAGAGUUUUGAAGGAUCAUAUAAAAGAGGUUCAUGCAACGGAUGAAAAACGUUUGCUACAGUGUGACGUGUGCUUGAAACGGUUUGCCUCAAAGAGGCAUCUGAACGCUCACUCAACCAUGGCCCAUGGAUCCUAUCCGUGCCCACAGUGUGCAAAAGUACUUGCUUCCCAAGGUUCUCUGAAGCACCAUAUUUUUACUCAGCACGGUGAGGGCCAACAGUUUAUUUGUGACAUUUGUGCGCGGGUUUUUCGAUCCAAGAGAUGCCUGGAGACACACGUCAAAGGUCACCUGGGUACGAGACAGGAGGAUAAAGUGCAGUGCACUGUCUGUGCGGUCUGGUUUACCAAUAAGUAUCAGCUAACAAAGCAUAUGAACCGUAUUCACAUUGAGCCAGACAAGAUGUUGGAAUGUAAUAUUUGCGGAAAGCAGCUGCGCAAUCGUGAGGCACUGAAUGGUCAUAUGAAUCGAACGCAUACCGAGAGUCGGUUUGAGUGUGAAUUUUGUUUUAAAAAAUUCAGACGACCACAUCAUAUGCGGGAACAUGUUGCUAUUCACCACACCGGGGAAGAUUUGUACGGAUGCGAUUACUGCCCAGAACGGUUCAAUUCGAAGAACAAACAGUACACCCACCGGAAAACGGUUCAUCCGCUGGAGUUUGAAGAGGAACUGCGCAAACGACUCAUGAAAGAUUAGACAGAUAAUCGAUGUUUGCUAUAGUAGUAAUUGUGGUAGCGAUAGGGAUAAGGAAAAAUAAGUCGAACCAGAAUACACUGAUAUGCACCAGUAUGUGCAUGACAUUACAUUCUGGUUCGACAAUUUGAUGAGUGGUAGUGAGAAUAAUGUUUGCAUGUAACAACUCUACAAAAUAAUAUUUAA